AUAAGCGGAGCAGUGACCGAUCCGCUGGUCACAGUCAUUUGCAACAAGCAGAGCUCCCGAAGGAGGACGAUGGCGCCCAAGAAACGCAGAGAGGGGGAGGUUCUGGUAGACACUAGUACGACAUCGGUAAGGGUGACUCGGAGCUCGACUCGCCGGCUCGGUGCGAAAGCCAACGCCUCAGUGGCUCCUGCUCCUGCACCGCCGGAGCGGCCGAAGAAGAAAGUCAAGAAGACCGAGGAUGUGAAAGAACCGGAGAAGGUUGCCGAUGGUUCCAAAACGAUUGUUAUAGAGCAUUGCAAACAGUGCAACUCAUUCAAGACAAGAGCUACUCAAGUAAAGGAUGGAUUAGAGAAGGGUGUGUUGGGUAUCACUGUUGUUGUCAACCCGGAAAAGCCAAGAAGAGGAUGCUUCGAAAUUCGGGAGGAAGGUGGCGAGAAGUUCAUCAGUCUUCUGGAUAUGAAGCGACCAUUUGCACCAAUGAAGGCACUUGACAUGGACAAAGUCAUUUCUGAUAUCAUUGACAAGAUCAAAUGAUGAACACUUUGGGUUAAAUGGAUUUUUAGUGUUUGUGGAUGUCUUUUUGUGGGAAACCAAGUAUCAUUGCUUAAUAGUUGAAACCUCUGUAUUGAGAAAAUGCUAAUUUCAUUUGAAAUUCCUCUCCUGGUAGGUGAUGUUGCUAUUGCUCUAGAAUUCUUGAACCUUUUUGAAUGAAAUAUUGUCGCACCAGUUGUUCCCUCUGCAUUGCAGGUAGGUAACUUGGAUGUCUUAUGGAAAUGUAAAUGUUCCAUCAUGUUCA